AUGCUGCUGGCCGUGAGGCUGCUGCUGGUCAUCCUCCCUCGCGGCGGGUCCCCCAGCCCGGAGCGGCUCCACACCAUGGGCCAGGGGGAAGCCGCCCUGCUGGCCGCUCCUGCGGCCCGACCCCCGGCAGGGCCCCCGUCGGUGGAUAUCCACUCGGCCGUGUAUGUGGAGAUGGCUUUCUACUUUUGGAUGCGCGAUCAGGUAUUCUUCGUCCUGGCCUGGUCGCUGUGUGUCCUGCUGGCGUGGCAUCUGUCACAGCCUCUCCUGGAUGUGGCACUCUUCACGGAUCCCCACUCCCCGAGGGUCCUUCGUCGUGCCCUCCUGGCCCUGCUGGCCUGGGACGAGACCACCAUCAACCUGUCGGGUCUCUAUGCUUGGGCCGUGGCCCCUCGCAUGAAGAUGGCCCUGGCAUCGCCACCUCCCAACUUGGCAGACCGACUGGCGCCGAUGCCUGCCCUCCCGGAAGCAUCGAUGCCCGCCGUCCUGGAGGCCUCACUGUCGCCGCCGGGGUCUCGACCACCUCGGCGCCUGGCCCGACAGCACCGGACCUCGCGCGGCCGAGGCCGCACUCCUCGGCGCCCCCGACGCCAGCAGCCCCUGCAGCCGCGUCCGGUACCAACUCCCCCCCGUGGCCUUCACCAACGCCUGGCCACACUGCGUCUGGCUGGAGUGGCUCUUUCGCAGCAGGUCCGAUGGAUUUUCCGCUUCCUACCAGCAAGCCCCCUCGCCACGCGCCUAUCGCAGGUGGUCCGCCAUGUAGGGAGCAUGCUCACGUCCAACCCUCGGGGACCUCCCCCGCCGGACCUUUCCGCCGGCCUGGUCCCCCUGGCAUCCCUGUCCUCAGCCAUGCUGGCUGGCUUCGAGUCGAACCUCGAAUCGGCCACCCUUUCGUCGGCCGAUCUCUCGCGCCUUGGGCUGGCCAUCCACGCGCAAGGGAAGCAACAGCGGCAGCAGCAGCAGCAGCAACAACAGCAACAGCGCCCUCGGCAUCCCCCCCACCAGGCACCAAGCCUGCAAACGCGCCUGCGUGCGCGUCUGCUUGCGGGCCUCCGCUCGGCCAAGAUCACAUCCCAUGCGGCGGCUGCCGCCCUGGCCAGGUCGCUGGUCGCCGGUCCAGGCCCUGGCAGCAGUCCGACUGCCUCGCGAGCUCGGCCACGCCCGAAUACCCUGGCCAAUCCGGUGGCCUCCUCACAGCCAACGGCUCGGUGGCCAGCCGCACCGAGCACGCCCGACGUCCACCUGGCUCCGGCAUUCGCCUCACUGGCUGUCCCUCCUCUGGACAUGUGGUCCCCCUUGUCCAGUCCCCUGCUGGCCAACCUGCGGCAGCUUCGCUCGGCCGUGCCGAAGCAGCUGCUCCCCCGCUUUCAGGUGCCGGGUCCCAUGCCCGCGGUGCCGGUCGGCCGGUCGCCCACACUCCGGGCCCGGGCCAUUGCCUCGUUUCAGCUGGAUCCCGGGGACAUGAAGCGGCCCUCUCCGCCAUCCACCCCGGCGCGCGGGCCGCUUCCAGACUCGCCAUCUCUGGCGCGAGCGCCGGGCAACAUGCCCACCCCGGGCUCCACCCCGGACCUGGGCCCUCCACUUGGGCGUGUGCUCUUCUCGCCGGUGUCAAGCGGCCUGAUGCCCAGGCCCCGGGGCGAGGGGACCCCGCGAAUCAAGCGCCCGGCCGAGGAAUCAGCCUCUCCAGGCACCCCGGGCCAAGCCCCACGCCGAGGGCUCCUCCCAGCCACGCCACAAUCGAUGAGUUUGCUGGACACCGCGGACUUUGCCACGCCGACCGGCUUGCUGGUGCCCUUCUCCCCGCCGGUCCUGCCGCGCAUUGUUUCCUUCUCCCUGCCGGACGCGGCGUCGGCCACAAGUGGUCGCGACCACUUGUGGCUCCUUCCCGGCGAAGAGUGGCCAGCGUGCGGGACCUCAGUCGAGUGUUCCUCGACGACCGGGACUCGUGCGGUCCCUUCGCCGGGUCAGUCGGCUCGGACUCCGAGUGUCUCCGCCCCCGCCGGGCCCCCGGGCUUGUGCUCGGCCCUGUCGCCUGCCUGGGUCCCGGCUGAGCCGCACAAACGCCUCCGGCUCCAGGCCAUCCCGACCUCCUCCCUGGGCCGGGACCCGCCCCCUGCGCCAGCCCGGGCCACCUCCACCGGGAUCCGGCCCCCGGGGUGUGCCCCUGGCAGGGCCGCCGACCGGGUGCUUUACACAUUCCUCCUCCGGCGUAAUGCCCUUGCCGCGCGGAAGCCCCCGCCAGCUCCAUUCACGCGCGCCUCCCUGGCCAUGGCUCGGUCGCAGCCCUCGCUCGAAAGCCGCCUCCUGGUGGGCGCCCUGGCCGGGGGGGUUCUCAGCACCCUGCUGCUGUCUCUCCUGGCCCCGGUGGCCCUGCUGCUCUUGCGCUCGGAGAUGGGCCCACCGGCCCCGGUCGGGUCGAGCUCGAGCGGCUUGGACUUUGGUGCGGCCCUCCUGCGGCCGGAGCCCGGCCUGCUUGGGCCGGUGCUGAGCAUCGACGCCCUGCGAGCCGUUUGGUCUCGGGCACUGGUGCUGAACUUGAUCUGUGCCGUGGUGGCUCUGCCGCUGCUAUGCUUCCUGGCCGAGGGGCAUCUGCACAAGCGCCGACAUUUUGCCGGCCACCUGCCCCCCCUGGGCGGCCCUGAGCGCGGCCUGGGCUUCACCUCCUCCGUCUCCUACUAUCUCACGGUGGCUCGGUCCAGCGCGCAGGCCGCCUGGCGUCGAGAGCGUCUCCACCACCUGCUGGAUGCCUUUGCCUCGCAAGCUCUUCUUCUCGGCUGUGCCCUACCCAUGAGCAUAGCCUUGGACUACUUCAUUCCCGAGGGCCUAUUCGUCCCGCUGGUGGACUUGGGCCACCUGUCGGUGGGGUAUGCCCACAACUCGGUCUCCGCGCGGCUGGACCUCGCGGCCCUCUAUCUGCAGGUGGUCCGAUCGCCGCUGGAAGCCACCACUCGCACGGCCAUCGAGACGGCCAUCUUCUGGAUGGAUCAACUGCUGGCCGCUCCAGCAACCGUAUACCUGCUGGGGGUGGCCCUGCCGGCCAGUCUGGUGCUGCUUCAGCUGGGCUUCCGCGCCCCCGGGGCCAGCCUCCGGCCGACGCUUGAGGCCACCUUCUGCCCUGCGGAGGCCGAAGUGCAGGGCCUGGCCGAGGUGACUCCCGCGGCCGAGCCCCCGAUGCCCGGACCGGCCUCGCUAUGGGAGGAUCUUGAGGCGGCCAGCCGGUCGCUAAGCGCGGCCCUGGCUGCCGCUCGGCUGCGCCAGGCUAGCCUCUCACGGACGACGCUCAGCCUGGAGGACAUGUCUCUGCUGGCGGAGCAGCUCCCCCGCGAAAGGGGCCCCCCAGUGGCUUCGCCGGGCUCUUCCGUUUGGGCUCCUCGGCCGGACGCCUCCCGCGCGGCCCGAGGCCCUGCUCUCGCGCACCCGGCCGCGGGCCCUGGCCCGAGGAACCCGGGCGUGCUUGCCCUGCCAUCGCUGGAGGCCGUGGCCCGGGGGCUUUUCACUGGCGUCAUCCUGCUGCGCUUGGCGUGGGACAUUGCCUUCGCCGUGGUCCCCUGGCAGGUGAGCUUGGAUUGGCUGGCAGCACAAGUGGCAGAUCCAAUUGCAUAUGCCCCGGUCAGCCUGCGGCCGCUGGCGACCGUGGCUGGGCUCCUGUGGAAGUUGGCCACCGUGCUCUUUUUCGCGCGCGGCCUGGCCCUGGGAAGCGUGGUGGCCCUGCUGCGAUCGGUCCACUGGAUUUCCGGAAUCCCCGACUCCCGGCGUGGCGACGACUCCUCCUAUGGCCGGCAAAUGGCCGCCUUCUUUGCCUGGGUCAUCCUCGGGUAUUGUGCGCUGCUGGCGACGGCGGCCCUGCCGCUGCUGCUGCAAUCCAGUGCCCUGGUGUCCUUCAGCGUGUCGCGCGCGGUCUUCCCGGCCUCUCCGGCCCCGGCCUCGGGCACAUCAACUCGCUGGGGAUCGCUGCUGGGCCCGGUGCUCGGGGAUGUGAUGUCCAAGGAGGCGGCCACGUCCGCCUGGGGCGGGCUGGCGGCCUGCAAUCCCGAUGGCCAGUCGAGCAUGGCCCAAGUGGGCCGGGUGCUGGCACUGGCCAAUCGCCUGGGGCUCUCCUCGCGGCUGCUGAGCAUGACCGACAGCGCCUUUUCCCUGUCAUAUCUGGGCCUUGUCAGUCCGCCGACCGUGUAUGGCUUGGCGGUGCGUGGGAUUCUGUACUUCAUCCUGGCCCCGGGGGUGGUGGGCCGCCUGGGUGCGGGCUGGCGCCGGGCUCAGCACCGGCGCCCGGCCACACUAGCCGCUGCUGCCCUGGCUGGAGCGUGUCUGUUGGUGACCGCCACUCGGCUGCUCUCUAGCUUGGCCGACAGCGUGGGCCUGACAACCCCGGCGUGAGGGAGGGGGGCGCGCAGGCACCCGUGCACAUUCCUCCCUCCUUGCAUCCCCUCUUUCUCUCCUCUCUCUAGUUGGCCAUCUCCCCCUCUCCCCGCCCCAUCGGAGGCAGGAGGAAGUGGCAAAAAAAAAAUAAAAAGACACAUGGACCUGGUGUGCCCUGACCUCGGUCUCUCCCGGCUGUCGGCUCCUCCUUUUGUGCGCACAUUCGCGUUCGGCGGAAUAACACCCCAGUACAAGGAAGGUCACAGGAGAAAUGGACGGGUCCUGCCCGCACCUCGGUGGGCGAAGGAAAAGAAAAAAAACAACAACACAGGGCCAGCGAGAGAAACACGCGGCGGCGAAGGAAGCAUCGGAUCCUGUGCACGAAGGCGUGUGUGUGAUAUGCACACGCGUGCGCGCGCGCGCGCG